AUGGCGCUACUUGCCCGCACCGCGCGCAAUGCCCUCGUCGAAUCCCGCUCAACCCUCCCACCAACAUUUCUCCUCCCCCUCCGUGCCCGCAUAACCACCGUCUCGCACAACCUCGAAACAGACAAUGUCCCCUCACCUCUUAUCCAAUCUGGCCAACACAUAUCCGCCGAAGCCCGCGCACGAUCCCAAACACCACAACCCCUCCCCGCCAACGCCACCAAGCCUGCGGAUCCAAAGCAAAAACCCAGCCCACACACGCGCACCUCCAUCGUCUCGUCGACGCACCUAACCCCCCAAAUCCGGACUUUACUCCCCUUGCUCCAAACACAACCUUCGCACUACAUCACCGUCCACUUGCACGGCCGCCCUUAUCUCGUCACAAAAGGCGACUCCAUUCGCCUUCCCUUUCUCAUGCCCAACGUCAAGCCCGGCGACAUUCUGCGGCUCAACCGCGCAACGCACAUUGGAAGUCGAGACUACACGCUCAAAGCGCCGGAGACGGUGAAAGGGACGGCAGACCACGGGAAAAAGGUGUAUUAUCUGGAUGAGCGGUUGUAUACCUGUCGGGCGCGGGUGGUGGGUGUGGAGAGUGAGCCGAUGAGGGUGGAGGAGAAGACCAAGAGGAGGCAGAGACAUGUCAAGCAUGUGUUUAGUAAAUUGCACUUUACUGUGUUGAAAAUUAGUGAGCUGGAGGUGAAGAGUUUGGAGGAGUAUCAGCAGGCUUUGGAGGGGCAAUGA